UAUCGAACGUUGUCUGUGUGUAGCUGAGGCUGGUGAAGUCUUUCUGCUGUAACUUCUUUUCAGAAGCUGCCGCCGUCUCAGUUGUGGUUCCAUUCGCGCCGUGAACCCACAUCGUGUUUAAACCGUCGCUCAGUGCAUGUGUAUUUCGUAAUUCGGACUUUUUGUUUUCGUCUCUUGGGUCAUUGCGGAUUGCCUACGCAUGGUUUUUUCUUCAUUUAUAUGUAAGGAGUUGGUGGCAUCUUUCUCCAGCAAUUAAUUUUGGAAAAGCACGAAAAGUUCGCCGGUCGCGCGCUGAUAAUUGAGCAACCGCUACGUGUGCAGAAGUAAUUGGACAGUUUGUGUGUUGUUUGUGUAAGUGUUCGUUGUUUAUUAACAAUUGUUUCAGCGCUAACCAAAGGAAUUGGCGACUACAGAUUUGACCUGCACCGACAUUAAAAUCCGUUGGAGUUGCUUCUCAACAUACAACGAGAUGUCACUGCAUUCGAUGAGAAAUCAUCGAAGCAUUCCAACUGAUUUACUAAUCCCUUUCGAGGUUAAGCCAGUCGGCAUCGCACAAAUCCGCCUACCCAACUAAGAAUGUCAGGAUGGAUCAACAAGCAAGUUUCAACGCCUAAUUCGGAAAAUAAUGCCGCCAAAAAAGCAACGGCUGAAAAUGAUUCCAAACCAUCGGAAAGCUUGGCUGCUGAGAGUGGAAUACUGACGGGCAAGUUCCCGCUGCGGAAGAUCGGUGACUUGUUUAGGAACAAACUGCGCAGCUCGGGUAGCUACUCGAUUAAAUCGUUCAAUCACAGUGUUGCCCAAGAGUGCAGGAUAUCGGAACGUGCCAGUUCCGAUGUGGAGAAGGUUCCCAGUCCACCGAAAAAACCAGAGCGAACAACGGCUGUGGUCGCCCAUGAUGAGACUGCUGCAAUUGUGAACGAAAAAUCCGCCAGAAACGCGACGGCCGCGGCUCCUGCCAAUGGCCCACCACCUGUGCGCCCACGAAAAAUUACCACUCUCAAUCGGACGUAUCAGCGAAAGAGGAGUGUGAACAACAGCUCCAACGGAAACAUCAAUUCGCAGCCCUCUCCGGAUGGAGCCUCAGCCGAAACUAGCAGAAAUGGACAACAAAAGCGUCCAUCAAUCAGCAGCCAGGAUACGGGUGUUGGAGCGGAGUCUGAUGUGGUUGUGGGGAAGGGUCGCGAACGUGUAAACUCAACAUCGCAUUAUUCGACGGAGAAAAGUGGCUCAUCUGGUUAUUAUAGUACAAAUAUCUAUUUCGCUGGAAGUUCGGUAGUGGAUGAGCACAUCUACUACGAACCGGUUGAUCGGGGUCGGAAGCAAUCAUCGGCUCAGCUUUCUGUGGCACCAAAACCUGCCGAUACGGUUCGUAAGAAAGAAGGGAUUCUGAAAAACAAUCGAGCUGUUCAGGACGGGGGACAAACGCAGCGUAAGAAGAAUGAACGACCAUUAGAGAAGUAUUAUUAUCCGGCAACACUGGAGAAUGUGCCAAACUCACCGACAGUCAUGAGAGCGAAAUCGAUCAACAAUGAGAAACUCACCGAUAUAACGGAAAGUCCAGACGGUCCGAUUCCGCGUCCGAUCUGGCCGAUGGAUGCUGAUGAUUCGUUAGCUGAUAUAAAUUUGGAUGCAUUUCGUUUACGGAAUACCAGUCAGCAGAAUUUGAUGGGAUUCGACAGUUCUACCUCCUCUAUCUCUGACAACGAGCUUUAUUCCGUAAGCCAGAAGAAUGCGGAGGAACAGGCAAAGAAAAAGUCCCAGUAUGAAGAAUAUUUGGAAUUCCACAAUACUCGUAAUAUUUUGGAACAGAUUCGAGGGAAAUUGAAUACUCUAUUAGAACAACGAAACGAAACUCUACGGUCUAGUGCCGGCAGUAAUCGCGAGCAAACGAAUCCAACCCCUGCGGAAAUCGAAUUGGAAGAGAAAAUUGCUAGUUUGAAAGCGGAUCUUGAAAGGUACUUACAAUCCAUGAAUCAGCAAAAUGAGAACGAAAUUAAUCGGUUUGUUAAGGGAAUGUCGAAAGAUGCAAAGGCGUUGGCUGUCCAAAAUGCUGUCGAACAUCGAAAUCGAUCGCGUAGUUCUUCAGUUCAUCUAGAGAAUGAUUACGAGGUUAUGCAGAAUGGAAGGUCGUUUCAACCUCUUUAUGCUGCUCUUCCGCAACGGACGAUGAAGUGUUACCCUCGGGAAGAGAGAAGACCCGAUGAUCAGACGUCUGUUUUCGAAACGGUGUACGUGCGGGAUGGGUUCGACAUGCGGCAAUUGAACCGCCCGGUUCCGAACCCUUUCGCUCAGGAAGCACGCACGGCGCAGAUGCUGCACCAACAACAGCAGAAGUUGCGGGCAAUGUGCAAUCAGAAGCGUUACUUAACUAGUGAUGAAAUCAGGGUGUGCAAUAGUCUUGAGGGUUGCGAGCGAAGACCUAGCAAAGUGUCGAUCGAGAUACCGGAUAAUGGAAGAGAUGGUGUCCGCUUAGUGAAUGGUGGUGGAGGGGGAGUUUUAGUUGAAAGUCGUGGUAGACGUCAAUCGGAGAUAAGCAAUAAAAAUAAUCUAGGCAAGGGUUCAGACGUGGGUGGUUUCACGCUACAACGGGUGAUUUUGAUGGAAAGCUUAGGAAAGAAUGGCAAGUUGUUUGGGGAUAAGGAGAAGAUGUUGCUGGAGUAUCAUCUAAAUAAACCGAGUUACUGGGAGAUGUAUUAUGGUGCAAAUCGAGAGGAGCACAAUCCGUACCACACGCUGAUACGAAAAGUCAAGAUAGGAGGAAAGAGUGCGAUCGCAGUUUCAUAUCCCUCAACUCGACCGGAGUCGGAUUUCACCCUGGACCUGCCCCGUGCCGAACAACUGCGGGCCAAGAUGAAGAAGGAAAAGCAGUUCCGCAGUCGGUGCCGCUGGUUUUUCUACCUCCUGAGUGUAGUGUUUUUCCUAUUGUCCGUGAUGGUAGUUAGCUUGAUACUGACUCGGGGCAAGCGGAUGUUCGGCAGCAUGAUAUGAAGAUGAUGGUUGCUUCCUCAAUGGUGCUGCUUUCCUGUGUCUGUCGUUUGGCCGGUUGUCUGCCUACUGGGAGGACCUCUAACGAUGCCAUCGGUGCUGUGUUGUGCUUUUUUAGCGAUUACUUAGUGUAUUUGGUUGUCUUCUAGCGGCAUUCGUAUGAUAUGCACCGCCAAGGGGGUAUCCGAGAACUGCCCUGUUUCAUAUUUUAAUCAUGUAGACAAAUUUUACUAGUAUUUAUUAGGCGUUAGAUAGGAUCUUGAACAUGCUAUUUCGGAUGAUAAUUAAAUCGAUAUGGUGACAAACCAGUCGCACGAAUUAGUUUGAUUGGAAACGAGCCUUAAAGCUUCGUAUAAUGAAAGUUCGACGGUGCGGUUUGGGUAAACACGGUAAAUGAGUUGCUGUUUCAAGAUUGAUUUUUUAUUGAUGGAAUGAAUCUUUUAAUGUCACUGUUUGCUAAAAUUAACUCAUCUGCGUUUCAAGAAAAUUUAUUCAAUUACUGUGAGAUACUCAAAAUUGAGUUUUUUUUUCUCUAAACAAAAAUAUUUCGCUGCGAAAAAGAUUUUUGAUUGAGAUUUGUAGAAAUAAUCGAUUUAGUUUCGAGCACUGAUUUGUGAAGUUUGUGAUACAGUGGAAAGAACACCGACAUUUAAUAUUACGAUGAAUUGAAGCCAUUUGAGUUUCAGACUGGUACGACGAGCUUGAAGGUGUUUUUUUGUAAUGCACCAAGAACUGCUGUUGGUUUUCUUACAGAUUUUGCUGCAGAAGAAACAGGGUAGGGAACAUAUUCUAAGCAGCUUUAGAAACUCAAAUUCAGUUCUCUAUCGUUUUGUCUGUCAGAAAUUGUUUUCAGAUUGUAAAACUAAGUUAGCAAACUUUAACAAUAAUCAAUUAAAGGUACCAAUAGAGGGACACUAUUCCAAUCACCCCGAACCUAUUUUAAGCAGUUUCCAUCUGUUUUGCAGGCGUUUUUUUCAGCACCCGAAGUGGCUCCUGAAUGGCUGCAAUAUAGGUCGAUUUGUUUCGAAUGAUGUUUGUUCACAGAUUUCUUUGUGUUAACCGGUUUUUCUUAUAUUCGUCAGACAGCUAGACAUUCAAGGUUUUCGUUUCCAUCAUUGAAAUUGUCGAUAUUGAUCAAAAUGCAAGAGUUUUAGGCCUGUUUUCUUCGACUGAUUAAAAUAGGCGCUACUUGUUAAGCCGUUCUUUACCCUACCACGAUUCAAAAGGAUAUUGUUUUAUUUCGUUGUUUAGCAAAAAUUUUUUCAGACGUUCGCUUUGUUUAUAUGAAUGUCAAUCUAUCCAAAAGAAGUGGUUCAGUUUUUUUUCUAUUUUAUAGCCCGAUAAAGUAUACUGUUAUGGCACAACGAAAUGAACUGAUCAUGAUUUUGUUUUCAAGGCAGUUCUUAAGUUUUUGCACGCGACUCAACAGUUUACAUGAAAAGUUUUCUGUUCGGGAUUUUCACAUCUACCAAUUAACAGUUGGGAUUUAUUUAAUUGACUCAUUCAGCACUGAUGAGAAUUACAGAAAAUUUAUACUAUAUACCUACAAUAAAAGACUGCUCUACCGUAUUGUCAAUAGACUUACAUUUGCAAACUUCAAAGAAGUUUUCUACACACCUAAAAUUACCGUUUGCAAAACACGACAUGAAAUCCUGCUGAAACUGCUUUAAACACGCUAUUUCACUGGCGCUCGUAUCGCGAUUAUAUUGUAAUCAUUUUCCUCCUCCAGGUAUAACCAGAACAAUUAAAAGCACAUUUGCCUUCGAAAACGUAGGGGCACCGUGCGUACCCGGCCAUCAUAACACAAUUAAAAAGGAUUCGUUUCCUACACCUGCAAAUGGCAUGUUCAAUUUCUCCCCGGGCGUACGACACCCGCGGGAAUGAAAACCAGAAAAGGUGAAGCAGCCCACAAAAGGAUUCUAGGUGGUAAAUAAAAUCGAAAGUAGGUAGAUAUUUGAAAAAAGAAAAUAAAAAGUUAGUUGGACGCCCGUACUGUGCUUGGCAACGAUUGGUGCUCAGAACCGUAAACAAAUAGGAACAAAAAGAUGAAUCAAACGUGACGUAAACGGUGGAGAAUAGCUUGUUUGGUUAAAAUGAAUGAAUAACGAUUACCCGUGUCUAGUAAAAUGGAAUUGUAACCUAAUGGAAAGAUCGCUCCCGCCAUUGAAUGUACUAAUCUUGUUUCGUGACUAGCUUACUGCUACUGAGUCAAUUAAAGAACCAUCAUGGAAAAAUAAUAAAAUGAAAGUGUAUUGAUCCAAUUUUCGAAGAUUAUGAUUGAUGUUGAAGUGAUUUAUUUGAAUAGAAAAGUAGAAAAGCAAAAAAAUAGAAAUAAGAACGCAUUAGUUUAGUCGGUAUUUCAUUCAUUAUUGACCAGUUUUCAAGCUGAUAAUAUGAUUAAAAGGAUAUUAUUUCAUUUUGCCUUGCAGUUCAAUCGAACAAUUAAAGCCACUACGCCUGAACGAAGUAACGAGGCAAUCGGGUGCAUUAAACUAAUUAGUUUUUUCGUUUCUAAAUAGAGGAAAACGUAUUUGUUUUUUUUUUCCAAAAUUAGGAUGUAAUCAGAUGACAAAAGGUGAGAUUGGUUGGUUACAAUUUGAGUAGGACACCUAGAGGGUUACCAAGAAGACAUUUUUCUGAAGAGUACGGACAGUGAUAAUGAACAAAUAAACAAUACUUGAAAUAAUUCUUUGCCACAUGCAGCGGCGGAAUAACAUAUUGCUAACAACGUUAUUGUGAUUUAGUCAUUUAGUUUCGUAAGAUACGCUCUGCCACGUGAAAGGCAGCAAUAUUUGUAAAUAUGUAGGCUACUGAGAAAGUUUAUUCCGAGUAAAAAGCGCAAUUGUGAGUUCGACGAUUUACGAAUAAAAUAUUGAAGAUGU